GUUCCCCGACGGGCAGCGGGGCGCUCGGCCUUCGCGUCUGUGCUGAGCGCGGCGACGCUGCUGCCCGAAAUCCUCCUGGAUCUUGAGGCGUAUGGAACCUCAAGGUCUUUGUGAUAAUGGAAACCAAAAAAUUAAUUGGUAAACCGCUUCAACCAGCAAGACCUGUUCGUCAUCUGACUUCUCCUCCUGGAGUAGUGUUUCCCUUCAACUUUCAAAAUGAAUAUUCGUACAACACUCAGUGCUUACAAAGUGGAGUUGGCAGAUGUAAGACAAAUGGAAUGCAAGCUUUUCCUCAAGGUCUUAAUGAAAAACAGCAGCAUCAGUCUCCAGUUAAAAAAGAAAGAAUUAAAUACAGCAGAGAUUUCCUGUUGAAGCUUUCUAGUGUUUCCAUCUGCAGGAAAAAACCAGACUUUCUGCCUGAUCAUCCCAUUGUACUUCAAAAACCAGAAAACAACCAAAGUUUUAAGUAGCAUUUUAAGAACAGAUGAAUUUGAAGAUAAAGAAUUAUUUGUUUUAUAUUUUGGACACCUAAAAAUGAAGUGGAUUUAGUAACAGAUAACUGCAAUGGACUGACAAUUCAAUUUAUUUUUAAUUUUGAUGGUUGGCUAUUUGGUUUUUCCAAAAAUGAGAAAGAUAUUUUAAACUAUAAAGAAUUUUCUAAUCAGUUCAGCUUUGCAGGCAGUUACCUGCAUAAAUUGGCAAGUGACACUGGAAAGUAGAAAUCUGGUUAGUGAAGUGGGAAGACUGUAAUUUGCAUGCUACUUGCAGUUUUUUGUUUUUCAUCACUUGUAAUAAUGGAAUGGAAAUGCAAGCUGUAAAGAUUCUCAAAUAUAAAGUAUUUGCUACGAUGUAUGUAUGUGGUAUAUAAUUUUUUGUCGCUUUGAAAGUUGUCUUUGUUCUGUUUCCCACUCAUUUCAUACCAGGGCUUGAAAUAAUGUUAAUCUCUCCAGAGACUUAGAAUGAUUUAAAAUGUUCAAUACAUAAUUAUCAUUGGUGGUGGGAAGGAGAAUUUUUUAAUAGCCAUUUCUGAUCAAAUAUGUGAUUGAUCUGUAGUUUUUCACAGUAACAUUGUCUUAGAGUCAUGAUUACUAGCAGAGAUUUACAGUUUGGGAGCUGUAGCAGUGAAUGAAAGUGACAUUGAAAAAUAACUACUACUCAUGUCACUAUAAUCAGACCAUAUGAAGGGUAGAAGUUGAGCAACUGCAAAAAUAGAACUGAUACUUUAUUGCCAAAAAGGAAAAAAAAUUGAUAUUUGCAAACAGUUCAGGUGCAUUACAUUUCAAUUUGGUAAUUGCUAUGUCAAGGACAUGAAUGGAUGAAGAAUUUUUGGCUUUCAACUUUUAACUCUUAGGUUAUACAUUAAAUUUCCUGCAGUUUGUCACUCUGCAUGUUAUCAUUGUUAGAAAAAAAAAAAGUUUCU